AUGCCUGCGCAGAGAAAAUUUAAAGAGAUACAGGAGCAAAUGCAUUUGGCACCACUGAAAUUGAAACAAGACGUGUGCACUAGAUGGAACUCUACGUACGAUAUGCUCAACCGGUUCCUGAAGAUAAAAGAAGCUCCUAUUGCUUCAAUAGCAAUUAUGAGAGCCGAAUUGACCCUGGCGCCCAACGACUGGAUGAUUAUUGAUAGUGCUGUGCAAACUAAUGUACGUACAAAUUCAAAAGUUUUCGAAUGA